UAUUGUUUUGCUGUGGGAGCAGGUGAACAAAUGACAUUCGGAGGAUUCUGCCUAUAAAAUCCCAUGCUGCCAGAUAGCUGCUCAUUUCAAAUCCAGACUGCAAGGGGCAAAGCAAAGUGAGAGCUAAGACUGCCUCUCUCAGGAAAUGGAUUUUACAAAAUAUUGACUGUGCACCCUGCUGCUUAUUUCAAUGUGGCAUCUUCCCCUAGAGAGGAUUUUUGUCUUUUCUACUGGAUAUUCUGAUGAGGAGGAAGAGCAAAUGAAGAAGCUCUAGGAAUGCGAAGAGCAAGUUUGAAGGACUUUAAAACCAGCUGGCACGAGGCUAACCCUGAAUCUGAUUACUUCUGUUUUCAUUUUUAAAAUCCCAUGAAGAUAAAGUACAGGUUACUUGGUAGGAGAAUACAAAAGAAGGCUGCCAACGAUGAAUCCAGAAGGCUGUCUGUUACUGGACUUGGAAGCAGACUUUGCCCUCACUAGCUCUUGCCUGAAUCAGAGCUCUAACCAUUCCAGCGACGACUGGUUCUAUCCUGGGGUGACCUAUGCCAUAGUUCCAGUUUAUGGGAUCAUCAUUCUAAUAGGACUCAUAGGAAAUAUAACUUUAAUCAAGAUAUUUUGCACAGUCAAGUCCAUGAGGAAUGUCCCCAACCUGUUCAUCUCCAGCCUGGCUUUGGGGGAUUUGCUACUGUUGGUGACAUGUGCCCCGGUGGAUGCCAGUAGAUUUUUGGCAGAUAAGUGGCUUUUUGGACGCGUGGGCUGUAAGCUGAUCCCAUUUAUACAGUUAACCUCGGUGGGGGUGUCUGUUUUCACCCUGACGGCCCUUGCAGCUGACAGGUAUACAGCAAUAGUAAGGCCUAUGGAUAUUCAAGCCAAUAAUGCUCUGACCAAGAUUUGUAUCAAAGCUGCACUCAUCUGGAUUUUGUCCAUGACUCUCGCCAUCCCAGAAGCUGUAUUCUCCGAUAUGCACCCUUUUUACGACAAGGAAAUCAAUGUAACAUUUGUGAGCUGCGCGCCCUACCCUCACUCCAAUGGACUGCACCCCAGAAUCCAUUCAACAACGUCAUUCUUAAUUUUCUAUGUUAUUCCACUUUCCAUCAUUUCUGUGUAUUAUUAUUUUAUUGCGAAGAAUUUGAUGAGGAGUGCGUCCAACAUGCCCGUGGAAGGAAAUGUACAUGUGAGAAGACAGAUUGAAUCCCGGAAGCGACUUGCGAAAACCGUAUUGGUGUUUGUUGGACUCUUCGCUUUCUGCUGGCUGCCCAUCCACAUCAUCUAUUUAUAUAGGUCCUAUCAUUACUCGGAAGUAGACACGUCUGUAUUGCAUUACAUUAGCAGCAUCUGUGCCCGCGUCUUGGCUUUCACCAAUUCUUGCGUCAAUCCAUUUGCCCUGUAUUUGCUUAGCAAGAGCUUCAGAAAACAGUUUAACAACCAACUUUUCUGCUGCCGGCCAAGACUCAUAGUAAGGACCCAGAGCAUGGGCAGAAGUACGACCAGGAUGACUUCUCUCAAAAGCACUAACCACUCCAUGGCUAGCUUUAGUCUUAUUAAUGGGAAGCACAUCUGCCAUGAGGGUUGUGUAUAGUCAGUAUGUGAAUAUGGACUUCAAAAGACAUUGACCUACCUACAAAGCACCUACAGUACAUUGAAUUUUUUUGUUUUGUUACAACAUACCUGUAAAUAAUAGAUGGAUUUGUUCAGUCCACUGAAGCUAAUAUUUGUGCCAAUUGUUGUGUUUCCUAGCAUACAUGCUGCUAUAAAAGGAAUUGGCAGCUAAUUGCAGGAAAUGGCUCAGGUGAAAGAUUUACUGCGGAUGUAAUUUACAUGUCUCGCCAAGAUCUAUAUGAUAUUGGAUAUUUAAAAUGUAUUUAUUUUCUGUAUACAGGACUUAUAGCACACAUAAGGAAAUAUUCAUCAAAGGAUGAAGUAGAGCUUGCCCUAGGGAACUUUCAGGGCUUCCCAUUUCCAGUGCAUUUUUUAUAUCACCCUGAAAUACAAAAUCCCAUACAAAUUAAGAGGGCUGUAAAGUUUCCCUUUGGUGAACUUUGGAAAUCUGUGUUUCACCCUUUGAUAAAUAUACCCCAAUGUGUUUCUCCUUGGCGUAUUUCCACCAGUUGUGACAGGUGGUUGCCAUGCAAGUCAAAGGCAGGAACAGGGGUGGGGCUAUUAGAGUUGUACAGAAUAUUGUUUACCGUCUCUAAUCGUAUCAGUGCCCUUGCUCGGCUUCAGACAGGGAUCCCAGUGCAGAGCAUUGAAUUCCUCUCUGUUCCACAAGGAUUUUUUGAAGUAUUUUGAAUGUGCAAGAGUGGAGCAUUGUCAUUGAGUAGAAACUGUGUCAAUUGAUGAAUGUUAAUGAAAACAGGUUUAUUUUCAUUUGAUGUAUUAAAAUGCAUUCAACAAAGAAAAUAAAACUGUAAAAGUAUGAGGGCUGUGUAAAUAUAGGAGUUACGUGUAAAUGUAAGGAUUGCAAUGUGCUUAAUUUGAGAUAGAAUAGCCCCCAACAUAACGUGUCCCUAGACUGAGCAUAACCCUAAUUAAUAGGGUUUAUCGUCCAACACUUUUUAUGUCAGCACAUUAAACUGCUGUGGUUGCUCAGGCCUUUAGGGAUGUUGUUCAAUUUGAUAGCUGAGAGCUCCCAGAGUAGUAGUGGGCUGGAAAAGCAUAAUAAUGAGCCCCUGGUUAAAUACGCAUUAGGAAAAUUCACAUUAAAUGGAUUUACUGACAAGCAAACUAAGGGGAAAGUACAUUUGCUGCCCAUGUGUAAAUAUUAUAAUCUCUCAAUGUAACUCGUUGCUGUGUAGCAUUAGCAUAUACACACGGGCGUUUGUACCUAUUGCUAUAAGGUGCUUGCUGUUAUCAGUCACCAUGUACUUACUGGGAACAGAACUAGUGUUGAGCAAUAUUUUUUACCAGGCAUGCAUUCGCAGCGAAUUUCUGCAUUUCGCCAUUGGUGGAAAAUUCGGCACGCAUCAAAAAAAAUUGCGCUUGUCACAAAAAAGUGAAUGUGUUCGGCAACAAAAAUGACACGUCAUUUGACGUGCGUCAUUUUUCGUGCUUCGCAAAUUUUUACAGCGUUCUGCAAAUUUUUCAACAAAACGAAACGGGACAGAUUCGCUCAUCACUAACCAGAACAGGUAACCUUCGUAAAGCACCCAUAGAGUCUCACACCAGCACCAGUGACCAACAAUGAUUCUAUAAAAGGAAUACAAUCCAUGUUUCAUGUUUCAUCCAUUACCUCCACUGCAUGCAAGUGGCAAAAUCCAGCGCCAAGCACCCCUAAAUUUUGGCUUGACUUCACACCCAACACCUGUGGCCGAAUCUGCUUCUCACAAGCCAGGUGUACUCACAGCCAGGUGUAUCAAAACCACUGUGUUUGUUUGUCAGGAAACCAGAAUAAACAGUAUAAAAAUAGUACAGAAAGAAAAAACACGGGUUCACCCUUGUUCACAACUGGAUUUAUUAAGCUCCUGGAAACAUAGUAGCUUUGACUGUACAAUUAAACUUAUAUAUACAGUCAAUUUAUUUUAAAAUUAAAUGAGCUAAUAUGUAAAUAGAUGUAUUUAGAUAAAACAUAGAACAAUAACAUGAGAUAAUUUUCUCAUAAAAUACCAGAUGCCAAACUUAACCUAAAACCAAGGAAAUAAGAAUGGCCUUUGAAACACAACCAGAUGCAGCUUCAUUGUUUGCAGGCAGUCUGGGUUUCAAAAUACAGGUAUGGGACCUGCUAUCCAGAAUGCUCAGGACCUGGCUUUUUCCAGAUAAGGGGUCUUUCCAAAAUGCUGAUCUUCAUACCUAAAAUAAGCCAAGUAUGGUUGUUUUGCUUCCAUUAACAAUUAAUUAUAUCUAAGUUGGGAUGAAGUACAAGGUACUGUUUUAUUAUUACAGAG